UUUAAAUGUCUAUUUUAUGAUUAAAAUUAUCUUUAAUUAGAUUUUAAACAAUUAUAUUAACAAUCGUUUCAAUGAGUUAUUUAUUGAGAUCCACGAAGAGAUCCAUUUGUUUGUCAUCACUGGUCCGGCGAACCAACGGUCAACUCAUUUGUUCCCAAAGCCAUCGCUGGUCUUAUUGUCCGCAAUGUCUUCACAACUCAAAUAUCCGUUGUUAUGCCUCACAAUCGCCGCAACAAAAGGGUUUCAUUGGGAAACUCAUUGAUAACAUUAAACAAGAGAUGUCGAAGAAUAAGGAGAUGAAAGAGAGUCUCAAGAAGUUUAGAGAAGAGGCGCAGAAACUGGAAGACUCGGAAGCGCUUCAGAAAGCGAGACAUAAAUAUCAAUCGAUUGAAUCGGAAACCGCCAAAAGUGGUCAACAAUUCAAAGAGCAUUUGGAAUCAAUUAAAGAUAAGAUAUCGAAAGGUAUAGAAGAGGCGCAGAAGACAGAGAUCGGCAAAAAAGGGAUCGAAAUGACGGAUGAGUUUCAGAAACAGGCGAAGAGUGCGGCCGAGGCUUUCACCAAACAGACGGAACAACUCAGUCAAAGCGAUGCCUUCAAAACGGUUUCACAGACAGUGAAAGCUGUGGGCGAAGAGAUCGGAGAGACUGGAAGAGUGUAUAAAAGACCGGAAAAAUUGCGCAAAAGAAAAGAGGAAUCGGAGGACAUGUUUGCCCACCAGAAGCCUAUCGAACCAAAUGAAGAUGCGACAGGAGUUGAGUUACACAAAGACAGUCGUUGGCAUCAAAGUUGGCAGAACUUUAAGGACAACAAUCCAUACGUGAAUAAAAUAUUUGAUUGGAAAACGAAAUACGACGAAAGCGAUAAUCCGGUGGUCAGAGCCUCGCGUCUCGUCACCGAUAAGGUGACCGAACUCUUCGGCGGUCUCUUCUCGAAGACAGAAUUGUCGGAAGUGUUGACAGAGAUUUGUAAAAUCGACGCCAACUUUGAUAAAAAUCAAUUCCUCAAAGACUGCGAAAACGAUAUCAUCCCUAAUAUAUUGGAGGCUAUUAUUAGACCCGAUCUCGCGAUACUCAAGGAUUGGUGUAAUGAAGCGCCAUACAACCAAAUAUCUCAGGGCAUUAUUCAGGCACAGAAGUUGGGCCAUAGAUUCGAGUCCAGAGUUCUAGACCUGGAGAACGUCGACUUAGCGAUGGGUAAGAUUAUGGAGAGCGGACCCGUUCUUAUAAUCACAUUUCAAACUCAACAAAUCAAUUGCGUGAAGGACUCGAAGGGCAAUGUUGUUGAAGGGGACCCGGAGAAGAUAUUACGCGUGCAUUACGUAUGGGUUUUAUGUCGGGAUCAGAACGAGUUCGACCCGAAGGCCUGUUGGAAACUAAUGGAUCUCUCGGCCAAUAGUGCACAGCAAUGGCUUUAAACCUCAUUCAUCGUUAGAUUAUAACAAUUAGGUGUAAAUACAUAUAAUAUAAAUAUUUUUACAUUCAUUAGACGUGAUCGUAAAAAAGUAGUCAACAAAAUAAAAAAAAGUUUUUUACAAACAAUAAAAGUUUGGGUCGAAA